AUGUCAGGACAGAAGAUAUAUGAGGGUAUUCUACCCGUCCACAAGCCUGAAGGCGUCACAUCAGCCGACGUAAUCCGCAAACUCCAACGACACUUCAAACCUUCAGACACAUUCCAAGGCUACCUCGAGAACGAAACCUCGCGCCGCAGCCGCGACAGCAACUGGCAAACACGCAAGAAGCGACGCAAGCUGCUGCACCCAGAUGUCAAAAUUGGGCACGGCGGCACCCUCGACCCGAUGGCCACCGGCGUGCUAAUCACGGGCAUUGGAGUAGGCACAAAGCACCUCUCAAAGUUCCUGGAAUGCUCCAAGACGUACGAGACUAUUAUCGUGUUUGGCGCCGAGACGGAUUCGUAUGAUCGCAUGGGCAAGAUCGUGCGCAAGGCUGACUAUGAGCAUGUUACGCGCGAGCUUGUGGAAGAAGCGAUGAAGAAAUUCCGCGGGAAGAUUAUGCAGCGGCCGCCCAUUUUCUCGGCCAAGAGGAUUCAGGGGAAGAGGUUGUAUGAGUAUGCGCGAGAAGGCAUCGAGCCGCCCAUGGCGAUCAAGUCGUCAGCCGUCGAGGUGUAUGAUUUGCGCAUUGUGGAGUGGUACGAGCCUGGCACGCACGAGUAUAAGUGGCCAGAGGAGGAAUUGCCGGCGGAGGAAAAAGAGGUCGCUGAAAGGAUGCUGGAUAAGGAGGCUGCUAUACCGGUUGCAUCGGAAGCGGAGGCUGAGGCCGCACAAGCUAAUACUGCUGCUGAGGAUACGAAGAAGAGAAAAGUCUCGCCUGAUAUCCUCAACGAAGCGAGUGAAGGUGUGAAGGAUGAUGCAGCAACAAAACGCCAAAAGACUGAUACUCAAAACCUCAACCCCGAAUCGACGACAGAAGAGCCAAACGUCGUCAAAAAGGAGCAUAACACGGCAAAGACAGACGAAGCAAAAGAAUCCGAUCCAAUUACCAUCCCAGCCGAAAAAGAAGAAGAAGCACCGAGACCCCCCGCCGCCAAAAUCAUCAUGACAGUUUCCUCCGGCUUCUAUGUUCGAUCUCUCGCCCACGAUUUAGGCAAAGCCGUGGGCAGCUGUGCACUCAUGAGCGAACUGGUACGCUCCAAACAGGGUGAUUAUACAUUAGAACCGGAAAAUAUCUUGGAAUAUAAGGAUCUGGAUGCCGGGGAGGAAGUAUGGUCACCGAAGGUUAUACGGCUUUUGGAAGCGUGGCAGGAGAAGAAUCCUUAG